CACACCCCUUAUCAUAAUCUCUCUAACAUCAGAAAGCGAAAGUCUCCCAAGCUUAGAACCCAAAAUCCAACAAAAACAAAAAUCAGUGAGUGAAGAGAGAGUGGCGCUUGUGUUUUGGCAUCAUCUUUCCAUUGUUUUUAAUCGUUUGAUGCGUCGGUGAUUGAUCGGAAAGAUGGCGAUUCACCGUACAGCAAGAAACAGCGGCGUCGGCGUCGGAGGAGCAGGGGCGACGAUCGGAGGUUUUGGAUUUACAGUUAGAUUAUUGGCUUCUGCAAUUACGGUUGCAAUUUGUUUCUUCUUUGCUCUUUCUUUCUUCUUCAUUUACCACUCUCACUCUCCUCAUCUUCAAACAAACCUUGGUUUCUCAACUGAUUCCUAUGGAAUCGGAUCCACGAGGAGGUCCGUUUUGGCACUUAAAUCGGAUCCGCUCAAGCCUCGACUGGAUCAGAUCCGGAAACAAGCCGACGAUCACCGUUCUCUUGUCCUCGCUUACGCGUCUUACGCUCGGAAAUUGAAGCUUGAAAACUCGAAGCUCGUUAGGGUUUUCGCCGAUCUAUCGCGGAAUUACUCGGAUCUCAUUAACAAACCAUCUUAUCGGGCUCUGUUUGAAACUGAUUCACUGUCCAUCGAUGAGUCGGUGCUCCGGCAAUUCGAGAAAGAAGUGAAAGAGCGAAUCAAGGCUACGCGCCAAAUGAUUUCGGAAGCCAAGGAAUCUUUUGAUAACCAACUCAAGAUCCAGAAAUUGAAAGAUACGAUCUUCGCUGUCAACGAGCAGCUGACAAAAGCGAAAAAGCAAGGUGCGUUUUCCAGCCUCAUCGCGGCCAAAUCAAUCCCUAAGAGCUUACAUUGUUUGGCAAUGAGGUUGAUGGAGGAACGUAUCGCGCAUCCAGAGAAGUAUACCGAUGAAGGGAAGCCAACUCCUCCUGAGUUUGAGGACCCUAAGCUUUAUCAUUAUGCGAUUUUUUCGGAUAACGUACUUGCAGCAUCAGUGGUGGUGAAUUCCGCCACGAAGAACGCGAAAGAGCCCUGGAAACACGUUUUCCAUGUAGUGACUGAUAAGAUGAAUCUUGGAGCAAUGCAGGUUAUGUUCAAAUUGAAAGAUUACAAUGGAGCACACAUUGAAGUUAAAGCAGUUGAGGAUUAUAAGUUUUUGAAUUCUUCUUAUGUCCCAGUGUUGAGACAGUUAGAAUCCGCAAAUUUGCAGAAGUUUUACUUUGAGAACACGCUCGAAAAUGCCACGAAAGAUACUACUAACAUGAAGUUUAGGAACCCAAAGUAUUUGUCAAUUUUGAAUCACUUGAGGUUUUAUUUACCAGAGAUGUAUCCCACACUGCAUAGGAUACUGUUUUUGGACGAUGAUAUUGUUGUGCAAAAGGAUUUGACAGGGUUGUGGAAGAUUGAUAUGGAUGGGAAAGUGAAUGGGGCGGUGGAGACUUGCUUUGGGUCUUUCCAUAGGUACGCGCAGUAUAUGAAUUUCUCGCAUCCUUUGAUCAAACAGAAGUUUAAUCCCAAGGCGUGUGCUUGGGCUUAUGGGAUGAAUUUCUUCGAUUUGGACGCUUGGAGGAGGGAAAAAUGUACUGAGGAAUAUCAUUACUGGCAGAAUCUGAAUGAAAACCGGACCUUGUGGAAAUUAGGAACUUUGCCUCCCGGUUUAAUCACAUUUUAUUCCACGACGAAACCACUAAACAAGUCUUGGCAUGUACUCGGACUCGGUUAUAACCCAAGCAUUAGCAUGGACGAGAUCAGCAAUGCCGCGGUGGUGCACUUCAACGGGAACAUGAAACCAUGGCUUGAUAUCGCCAUGAACCAGUUCAAACCUCUUUGGACCAAAUACGUGGACUAUGAUCUGGAGUUUGUCCAGGCCUGCAAUUUCGGUGUUUAAAUAAAACAUCAUCAUUGAAGGUUCUGCACUGGUAAAUGCUGCAAAAUCUAGUUUUUGUUACAGCAAGAGUUUCCACCAUACCAUCUGCAUUAUUAUUUUUUCUUGCACGUUAAAAUUCAAGUGUCUCUAAUUCUGCGUGGAAGAAAAUUAGCAUCUUUAUUCUUAGUAUAGAAUACUUUUUCAUUUUUAGAAUUUCUUGGUUUAUAAAUUAUUCUGCAAAUGUUGAAAUUAUCCUGCAAUGAUAAAAAAUGAUGAAGAGAGUUUUUUUGUUCA